AUGAAGCAGAUCUGGGAGGAGGGCUUCAAGGCGUAUGUGAGACAGUGGUGGAACUGGCUGGACUUCAUCAUGCUCACUCUCUUCCUCACCACGGUCGGUUUACGACUGGUCGGUCUGGUGUUGCGGAAGACGGAAAAGUAUGGCUUUGAGCUGACGGGUCGGCAGAACUGGCCGCCCGAUGACCCCACCCUGCUCAGCGAGGCUUUUUUUGCGAUUGCGCACAUCUUCAGCUUCGCUCGUAUAAUCUUCCUUUUUCAGGUAAGUCAGGUGGACAGCCCAGCUGAGUGA